UUUUUCCUUGUUCGUGCGCGCACGCGUUUGAAUAUAUACGAUAUGGAAAAUGGGAGAAAAGAUGAAAAUCCCUCUCCCACAAUUCAAAUACCACAUAAGACUGCUUCAUCUUUCUUCUCCAUAUUCUUCCCUCUUUGCUUCCCUUUUCGUUGUUACAUACAUUUUCAUUCUUUUUUCCUUCUUUUUUUUUUUUUUAAUUUCGUUUCAUGAUCUGAAAUUUCUUCUUCAUUUACCCCUUCAAGUUAUCGGUUUGCAUCGUAAUUCGUCAAUUUAAUCGGUUUUUCUAUGUGGGUUUCGUCCAAGUUUUCAAAUUGGAUAAUCUUCCUUAUAAAAUAGAAAAUUUCUGUCUUUUCUAUAUAUAAUAUAUAUAUAUAUAUAUAUCAGUCUUCUCUACUUAUAUUUGAAUUUUCUUAAUUGGGUCUUCUGUGAGAGUGUUUUGGUUUAUGUAUAUGGAGUUUUUGGGUGACUUCCAUAUACAAUUUUCUUCUUGAACACCUUCCAUUUGCAGAAAUAAACCAUUUUGGUUGUGUGGUGUUCUGGUAGAAAUCGUAAUUUGGUUGGUAAGUAGUGGUGGAUUAAAAAGCUUCACCCCCCCCCCCCCCCCCCCCCUUCUCUUAAUUCUUCCAUUUUAGAAUCCCAUGCCUCUUUUUGGGAAGGAAAUGAAAUGGGGUUUUGGCCUUUAUAUGAUAUUUGAUUUUUAGAGGUUUGAAAAAAUAGCAUCAGAUGGGAAAUAACUGUGUUGGAGCAGGAGAUUCAAAGAAUAGAUUCAUGAAUUCAAUGUGGUGGUCUAACUGUUUGCUUACUCAAGAUACUAAAGGAGUCACUAGUGCUGCACCCUCUUUGAAUAAGGAUCAGUUUGAAGCAACUUCAACUGUUCAAAACAAGCCUCCAGAACCAUUAAAAAUAGAGAAGGAAGAGACUAAACCAGUGCAGCCAACAACAAACAAAGAAGAGAUUGAAACAGGAAAACCAAAGGAACCAGAACAGCCUCCAAAAAUCAAAGAAGAAAAGUUUCAAACAGGAAAGUCUAAGGAACCAGAACAGCCUCCGAAAAUCAAAGAAGAAAAGAUUCAAACAGGAAAGUCUAAGGAACCAGCACAGCCUCAGAAAGUUGAGAACAAAGAGAGUGGAGUGGCACAAAAGGAAGAUACCAAUCAGCCACCAGUACAAGAAAAGAGGAAGCCCUACAAUGUCAGGAGGUUAGCAAGUGCAGGGCUUCAGGCAGAGUCGGUUUUGCAAACAAAAACAGGUCACCUGAAGGAGUACUACAAUCUGGGAGAAAAGCUCGGACAUGGUCAGUUUGGGACAACUUUUCGUUGUGUGGAGAAAGCAACUGGAAAGGAAUAUGCUUGCAAAUCCAUUGCGAAAAGGAAGUUGCUGACGCGAGAAGAUGUGGAGGACGUGAGGAGGGAAAUUCAGAUUUUGCAUCACAUGGCAGGGAAUCCAAAUGUGAUAUCAAUCAAAGGGGCAUAUGAGGAUGCUGUUGCUGUUCAUGUUGUGAUGGAGUUAUGUGCAGGCGGCGAGCUCUUUGAUAGGAUCAUUAAGCGGGGUCAUUACACCGAAAGAAAGGCAGCUCAAUUAACAAGGACUAUAGUUGGAGUUAUACAAGCCUGCCAUGCUUUGGGAGUCAUGCAUCGUGAUCUUAAGCCUGAGAACUUUCUAUUUGUCAAUGGUCAAGAGGAUUCGCCUCUUAAGGCUAUAGAUUUUGGAUUAUCAGUAUUCUUCAAGCCAGGUGAGAUUUUCCAUGAUGUGGUUGGAAGCCCUUACUACGUUGCACCUGAAGUUCUGCGUAAGCGUUAUGGUCCAGAGGCAGACGUCUGGAGUGCUGGUGUGAUCCUUUAUAUUCUCUUAAGUGGCGUGCCACCAUUCUGGGCUGAGAGCGAGCAAGAGAUAUUCGAAGAGGUUUUGCAUGGUGAUCUUGACUUCACAUCAGAUCCCUGGCCUAAUAUUUCAGAAAGUGCAAAAGAUCUAGUUAGGAAUAUGCUUGUUAGAGACCCAAAAAAGCGGCUAACAGCUCAUGAAGUUCUCUGCCACCCCUGGAUUCAAGAUGAUGGAGUGGCCCCUGAUAUGCCCCUUGAUUCUGCAGUCUUAGUUCGUUUAAAGCAGUUUUCUGCAAUGAACAGACUUAAGAAAAUGGCUCUCAGAAUCAUUGCUGAGAACCUAUCUGAAGAAGAAAUUGCUGGUUUGAAAGAAAUGUUUAAAAUGAUAGAUACUGAUAAUAGUGGUCAAAUUACUUUCGAAGAACUUAAAGAUGGGUUGAGAAGAUUUGGUGCUAAUCUAACUGAGUCUGAAAUAUAUCAACUUAUGCAAGCUGCAGAUGUGGAUAACAGUGGUACAAUCGACUAUGGAGAAUUCAUAGCAGCAACGUUGCACCUUAACAAAAUUGACAGGGAAGAUAAUUUAUUUGCAGCUUUCUCAUACUUUGACAAAGAUGGAAGUGGCUAUAUCACUCAAGAUGAGCUUGAAAAAGCUUGCGAGGAAUUUGGUAUUGAGGAUGUCCAUUUAGAAGAAAUGAUCCGAGAAGUUGAUCAGGACAAUGACGGUCGAAUAGACUACAAUGAAUUCGUGGCCAUGAUGCAAAAAGGCAAUGUUGAUUUGGGAAAGAAGGGUCUACAUAGUACUAGUUUUACUAUUGGAUUUAGGGAGGCAAUGCCUGUUUGUUAACAUGGCAGGAAGGCUCUAAAAAAAAAUUAAUCACAAGUUUUAUACAAAUACACAAUUUUACCAGGUUCAAAAAUUCCAUAGGUCAAUAUUGUUAAAAUAAUAGGUACUGAAUUCCUCUUUAGUAUCCAAUUAUUGAGAUUUUACCAAAUAGAUGCAAUAUUUUUUACCUCAGGAGGCUUCCACAGGAUGAGAUUUCUUGUAACAUGUGAUGGAAAACAUUUUACUGCACAGUGUGCUUAUUCUUGUAUAUAAUACUUUGGAGGAUAACUUUUUCUUUUU